AUGUAUCUCAAAUCCAUCUUCGCACUCGCCUCCACACUUUUCUUCUCCUCAUUUAUCCCGCUCGUAAGUACCCGACUCAUCACAGCGGACAACCACUCUUUCGGCGGCGUCAACUACCCGCUCCUCCAAUUCUUCACACCCAAACACCGCGAUGAUACCAUCCGCACCAUCGUGAAAAGCAAGGCCCGUGUUAUCCGCCUCUACAUCGGACCAGAUAGCCACCACACCGACCCUGAGGUAUCGAUUGGAGAGUUCGACAAGUCUCUGCUAGACCAGCUGGACGAUACCCUUGCCGCCAUCCAUCACAUUUCAGAAGGCCAGGUCAAGGUGAUCAUUUCACCACAUGAUGCACACGCACUGCGGGGCUCAAAUGACAUUCCGUGUGAUGCGUAUUGCAAGAAGAUCGGAGAUGCGUUCUUAGACUUCUACAGCCUGGAGGAGAACCGGGAACUCUACAAAACUCGCCUUGAUGUAUUUUUCAAGCACUACCCGUCGAAGAACUUUGGAGGAAGGAGUUGGAACGAGCUAUCAGAAGUCAUCAUGGGCGUUGAUAUCCAAAACCAGCCUUUCAGUGGCAUCUGGCCUAUCCCCGCGGGUGAGUCCUGGCUCUGUGACAUGGCGAACCAUCUGAAGUUUUCUGUCGGUCUGGACAGCUCGAAUAUCGCCGUCAUCAGCGGCGGCGUCUCUGGCUGGCAAAGCCUUGACGGUAUCCAAAACUUCCCAGACAGCGUGUUCGAGUGCUCUGCUAUCGACGUGAUCGGUAUCCAUGGCCGAUUUGCUGCUAAAGAAGGUGUCACAGCAGGCACAUCGUGGGCGGAGAUGUUCGUCCCGGGCAACACACUGACCGCUCGGGCCCAGGGCAAGCAGGGAAAGAGGAAGCUGCUGAUAGUCGAAGAGUGGGAGUAUGUGCACACCGAUGCCGGUCUGAAUCACAAGGGAGAGGCCAUCUUUGACCAAGGCAACGCGCUGAAUUUGCGCGGCAUACCAUGGAUCUACUCCCACCUCUCCAGCAAGAACGAGUCCACAACUUCCAUGAUCAACCCGCUUCGUCCAGAACACGAAUCCAUGGCUGCCCUCGCCGAUGUGCUCACCCGCGCCUCGGUGUCUCGAAGUAAUUUCAAUUGGUCCCCUUACCUCGCUGCACCAUCUAUGUCGCUGUCACCACUCACCGAGAUCCCACUAAACCCAUACAUCCCAGCAAUUAGCCCCUGUGCAUUCGGAUGCGAAGGUCAUCUCUGUUCCUCCGCCGAUAGCUGUUCCCCAGACCUCCUCUGCAAGAACCAAGUCUGCCAGCGAAAUUCCGAUCACCAACCUGGCCGAGCUGGAAGCACAUGCAAUAGCAAGAAGCCAUGCCAGUCACAUCUACACUGCUACGCCAGCACGUGCCAGUCCUGUUCUAUGCGUCCCACUCUACCUGGCACUGAGACCUGCGCUCCGGAUGCAGUUACGGCAUUCUAUACGCACCCUUCGCGCCCACAGACAUGCUUGAACACAAUCGGAAGGCAGAAUCCGUGUGAGAACGCAGGUCAUUGCUCGUACAAUGAGUACUGUUCAUGGGGUCUCUGCACCACUUGCAAAGAGGGCGAUGCGUGCCUCGGCGCCCCGUGCAAGAGCAACAAUGCGUGCAAGACUGGAUUUUGCAAUGAUCACGGGCGGUGUGACUAUAGUGGGAAGAAGAAGUUGUUUUUUGGGCCUGGUGUACAGGGGCGCUGGAAAAACAUGAGGGUCAAUGGAAUUCCGAAGGGGCAUGAACGCGGACCUGCGAAGGUGAGGAGUGAGGCUCUGAGCAUUGUCAUUCCGACGGAAGCAGUCAUGGAGACUGGCCAGGCGAGGGUUGUGUCGUGA